UAAACAAAGUUUCCCGUGGUUUUAGUAUGCAAUAAAUUAGAUUUAUAACCAAAAAAUAAGGAGUAAUUACCCCGACAUUUUAAUAUUCACUGUUUUAAUUUGAUUUUGUCGUAAGAGGUAUCAUAUCAAAGUCCUCAGAGAUACCAGAAUUACUUGCAGUUUUUCGCUCCCCGGUUAUAUAUUAAAUAAUCUGUAAGUUUACGUACUUUACUUUAUUUCCAACUUUCGGUGCUGUUGUAUCGUACAAACAACAUUAACAAAAUGGGACGUGUCUUUGUUAUUGGGGUUGGAAUGACCAAAUUCGAAAAACCUGGAAAAAGAGAUGAUGAUUAUCCCGGGUAUGCCAAAGAGGCCAUCCUCAAAGCUCUCGAUGAUGCUAAAGUCAAGAUGACCGAUAUUGAACAAGCCACAGCUGGUUAUGUCUAUGGUGAUUCAACAUGUGGCCAACGUGCAAUUUACGAAAUUGGAAUGACUGGAAUUCCAAUUUACAACGUGAAUAACAAUUGCGCAACUGGCGCAACGGCAUUGCUUUUGGCGAAACAAUUCAUCGAAUUUGGUCAAAAUCAAUGUGUUUUAGCUGUUGGUUUCGAAAAAAUGGAACGUGGAAGUUUAGCUCCUAAAUUUAUGGAUAGGACCAAUCCAAUGGACAAACACAUGUCUUUAAUGAUCGAUUUGGCCGGAAUAAAUAAAUCUCCACCAGCGGCCCAAAUGUUUGGAAAUGCUGGAGUUGAACAUAUGAAGAAAUACGGCACCACAUUGGAACAUUUCGCUAAAAUUGGUUAUAAAAAUCAUAAACAUUCCGUAAACAAUCCUUACUCUCAAUUCCAAGAUGAAUAUACUCUCGAACAAAUUAUGGCUUCUCCGAAAGUUUUUGGUCUGUUGACUAAAUUGCAAUGUUGCCCAACUAGUGAUGGAUCGGCUUGUGCUAUUUUGGCUUCAGAAGCUUUCGUUAAAAAGCAUGGUCUUGAAGCCCAAGCUGUUGAAAUUGUAGCCAUGGAAAUGGCUACCGAUUUAGAAACAACACUUACCGAUAACAGUUUGAUGAAAAUUGUCGGUUAUGAUAUGACCAAAACGGCGGCUGAAAAAGCGUACGCAAAAUCCGGAAUCCGCCCGACUGAUGUCCAAGUUGUUGAACUUCACGAUUGUUUCUCUGCCAACGAAUUAAUUACUUACGAAGCGUUAGGAUUGUGUCCCCCAGGAAAAGCUGGAGAAAUGAUCGAUCGCGGAGACAACACUUAUGGAGGAAAAUACGUCGUAAAUCCAAGUGGUGGAUUAAUUUCCAAAGGACAUCCAUUAGGCGCAACCGGUUUGGCACAAUGCGCCGAAUUAUGUUGGCAAUUACGUGGAUUAGCCGACAAAAGACAAGUCCCAGGUGCUAAACUUGCUUUACAACACAACCUUGGGAUCGGCGGAGCUGUCGUCGUUGGCAUUUACAGACAUGGAUUCCCAGAACAUUUAAAUAGAACCAUUUCAACUCGCAGAACCGCAGCCGCCACCACAGAUGAUGGAUUCAAAAUUGCUCCAUUAUUAAGGAUCGCACAUCAAUUACUCCAAUUAGAUGGUAUUUUCGAUGCCGGAAGUGAUAAUCUUAUUGACAAAUUUAGAGGCAGUUAUGGACUUAAAAUUAAAAAAUCUGAUGGACUCGAAGGAUAUUGGGUUAUUAAUCUUAAAGGACAAAAAGGACAAAUUGAAUUUAAUUCUACAACAAAACCCGAUGUAACGUUCAUUGUUAACGAUGAUGAUAUUCUUGAAAUUAUCCGAGGUGGAAUUAACCCGCAAAAAGCUUUCUUCUCUGGAAAGAUUAAAGUGCAAGGAAAUAUGGGUGUUGCAAUGAAAUUGACUCAACUUCAACCAGUCAUCAAAGAAAAACUUGAAGCGAUCAAAUCGAAAUUGUAAAAUUUUUUUUUAACAUGUUUGUUUUGUUUGUUUUCUUUUUAAGACAUAUCUGGGUUAUUUUUGUAAUGUUGUUAUAUAAUAAAAAUAAAGGUAUUUAAAAA